AUGGGCCCGCGGCAGACCGGACACCGCUCCAGUUGCUGCACGCACCCGCCGCACGUGUUCAGGUGCCGGCACGGGAGCACCACGCACCGAGCCGGCGCAUCCAUGCACACCACACACAUGCACCCGGCCUGCGCAACCUCAAGCGCAUGCUGCAGCUCACGCCGUGCUGCGUUUGCGCGCCGACGCGCCUCGCGCCGAAGCAUGGCCAGCUCCUGCUCGCGCCCGUCGAUCAUCGCCUCAAGCUCAUCCAUGCUCAACCCGCCAACAAUGUCGCUGGCCUUCUCGGUGGCGCUACCGGUGAGAUUGGCCAAUGCCUGGCCCUCGCGCCGUCGACUGCUCUGUAGUUCGCCCAGCUGGAGGCUGAGCUGGAUCACGGUCUGCUCACGCGCGCGGAGGUCUCGCUUGACAGCCUCGUGUGCAUCGCCAAGCUCGUUGUUCUGCUUCUGCAGCGCGGCGAUGUUGCGGAGGCCAAGCGACGAGACCGUUUUGGCCUUGGCCAGCUCGUCGGUCAGCCGAGCCACCCGCGCCUCGAGCUCGGCCACCUGCGCCACACCUGCUGGCGAAGUCUUAGCCUCGGCUACCUCCUCGCAGAGCUGUUCUAGCUCGGCCUCGCGUGCCUCCAGCUGA